AUGGCGAUCGCUGCCAUUAUCGAAAUCCCCAAAACAAGGUCGGGCGCUGCCGAUCCGCGUGCGGGCAGCUUCGUCACUGUCUUACCGCCUGAGAUCCGCAACCGAAUCUACGAGUACCUUUUCAAGAGCGACACACCUGUGCUUCUAAACGACGAUCAGGUGCGCCUGGAUCCUUCGGCUAGAAAUUACGUCACUCACCCCACGCAUGGAGGUGAUGAGCAACAAGACAGCGACGAGGACUUUCGUCAUGGCUUUGAUGGCUUUCAUGGCUAUGUUGGGCUUCUGCUGUCAUGUAGGCAGGUCUAUCAUGAAUCAGUCAGUAUCCUCUACGGCCAGAACACUUUCUUCUUCUCCCGAUUCCUGGAUCAGCAGAUGCACUUUACCUGCACAUGGCUGUCAAAUAUCGGCUCAAAUUAUCAGCUCUUGUCUCAUGUGCACAUAGACACGUAUGCGCUUGUUCCAAGACGCGUUCGAGAAGAUGAUCUGCUACCGCUGUUGAAGCUCAUCUGGAACUACCCUCAGGCCAAAUGUGAAUUUACAUUCGUGAUCUCCGGAAGUUCAUCAUCCAGGGGACGAAAUCACGACACCGAACUCCACGAACCAGUCACUUCCGCGGAUGUUCUGAAUGGUGUCCUCUUCUCGUUGGGCGCCACAGACGCUCUAAACCUUAGGCAGUACGCCAAAUACUCUGGCCUGAUGUCAGCGAUAACAGUCUGGUACACUGGAAAAGGCUAUGUUGGAUACGUUCGAUACACUGAUGUUGAUAAUCCGCACCCGCCCAGAGUAUUCGACAUCUUAGACCGUGGUUUCAAGGUCCAGUGGGCAGAAACUGAACAGGCGAACCUUCUGUCCUUGCCUCAAAUUCCCUUAUCGAUCAUCAAUAAGUACGCAAACGCAUCGGAUACAGGUGUGGUAUUCGACCUGGACAUCGAGAAGGCCCGAGGCUAUCGCGUCGGUCUCAGCGGAGUCAAUGACUUUUUGCGCUACGAAGUCGACCCGAUAGCUAACCGAGUGUACGACGAGGUCGUCAUUCGUAUGUCUAUUCAGGAAGCUACGACAGACUUUCACAGCUUUAAGCCACUACAAAAGCUGUUUCGCGUGAACAGAUUCGAAAGUUUGGUCGAUCCGAUUGAUUGCAUAGAGCAAGGGUGUUUCAUCAGAAUGGAGCUGACGUUCAGGCUCUCUAUGCCAACUUCAACCACGGACCUUCGUAUAAACAUCGAUGAGCUUUUGGAUGGGUUGAAAUGCCGUAUUGGAGAUCUUAUCAUCACUGUCCAGGAAAUGGAUGGCGGCAUGAGGGGCACACGGCCCAUCGUUUGGGACCAUCUUCAGUGUGCAGUAUUUCUUUUGCUAUCGGAUAUUCUAGAGCACUAUCCUUCGCAAGCCAUGCGGCCUCUUCCACAGAUAUGGAUCAACGGUCACGGUGCCGUUCUGUGUGCCGAAUACCCCGCCACGGCCACCUCCAAGGAGAAAAUCAUUCCCUAUGCACCGACUGCCGAUGACCCGGCCCUCAUUCAAGCUCAAGGCUAUCGCAAGAUCAAGAGGCUUGUGCUAGGUCAUACAUUGAAGGACCUUGCGGGUAUUGACCAGGAAGAUUUCUCGGAUACUAGUAUCCUGGUCGGUUUGUGGUACUACUUACGGUUCUAUCUUUGGAUGAACUGGCGAGAAGUAAUCCUUUCGAUCGAGUUGUAA